UUUCUUUUUUUAAACAAUCAGGGAACACUGGGUGUAAUAAUAAAAGUCGGCAUACAAAAAAAAAAACAAAAAACAAGAGGUGGAGGAAAACAUUUUUUACUCCUGUGCACUCUUUUUCACAGAGCUGAAAUACACUGGCUCCUUGUUCAUGGCAAUAUAUCUAAUUUAUUAAUUUAUUUCUCUUCGUGUUCACAUGACUUUUUAUGCACACUGAACGGUUAAAGUGUGUGUCGGUGUUUCCCUGCACUGCUAACAUGUAAUAGAUGGGUGUAAAGUCACGGAUGGUCUCCGGUCUCGGUCAUCUGUCCCCGGGGACCCGCGCCCCUCCCUGCGGCGUUAUCGCAGCACACCUCCCCGCUUCUCUCCUCGAAAAGCUGCUGAUGAAGGGAAAUCGGGAGGCGGGAGAAGAAAUGGCGGAGAGAGAGAAGAGGAAAAGCCCGACUCCUGCACAGUCCUCCCGGGCCGCACCGCCGCGGGCCGCCGCUCUCAGGUUAACCCAUGACAUAAGCUUAGACGAAUUUGAGGAUGAGGACUUGUCGGAAAUCACAGAGAUCACAGAUGAGCGAGGCCUCAGCCUUAACUGCAAUGGUCUCGACAUCAAGGGUCACAUGGUGCGACCGUCCAGUAGCGUUGCUCGGAGGGCGGAGCCGGGCGCAGCGGGGCAUGUCUGCUCAGAGACGCUUGCCUUAGAGAUGAUCAACGGAGCAGUGGGAACACACACUGGUGACACACACGCCACGAGCACACGCUCCAAGGAUACAUACACCAUGGACACGUACCGACCCAAACGACCCACCACGCUCAACCUGUUCCCACAGGUGCCCCGCACGCAGGACACGCUGAACAACAACUCGUUUGGAAAGAAGUACAGCUGGCAGGAGAAAGUCUCACACUCGACCUCGCCACAAAAAACAGGCGAUCUGGCACCUCGUGAGCACAUCUGUCUGAGCGACGAGGACAAAAUCAAAACCGAAACCAAAGACUGCGGCACUUCGACAGACACGCCCACCAAACGUCCAGCCCCUUCCAGACACCCUGCUCCAUCUGUAGCCCCGCCCAUUAAAGCUAGCGCGUGUGAGCGCAUUCGAUAUCACACGAACGUGUGCAUGGAAGCUACCGAGGAGAUUUACCUGACUCCCGAUAGACCGGGCCGCAUGUCAGUCAUCACCGACAGUGAGGCCCCGCCCCCUUAUCAUCCUCCGCUUUACGAAAAGGCGAACGCAGCCAUCAUGGAGGGAUUAGAGGAAGAGCCUCCGCCGUCUUACGCGUCCUGUGUGGCAGCUUCUGCAUCACUUGAUCUCAGGAGCAGGAGAAGAAGAAACAGCCGAGGAAGUGCUGAGCUCAGGAGGAGAGGAAGGAAGGAAGAGGAAGCGGAGGAGGGAGACGAAGAGGAAACUAGGAUUUCUUCGAACGGACUCUCAUACGAUUCGGUCAAAUACACGCUUGUGGUGGACGAAGACGCGCAGCUGGAGCUCGUGAGCCUGAAAGAGUGCUUUCACAGCUACAGCGACGACAGCGACUCGGCCACCGUCUACGAUAACUGCGUCUCGUCGCCAUAUGGUGAGGAAUUCGAGGAAGAUGAGGAAGUGGAUGUAGACGAAGCGCAUGGUGCCGGAAGGGCAAGAAUGGGCGGAGCCAAGCGGGAAGCCACUGCCUGCUUAUCGGAAGACUCCACGCCCGAGGCAGAUAUUCCGUUCUCUAGAAAGUUCCUCAACGUCUUUAUGAACGGGCGAUCACGCUCUUCCAGUUCCGAGUCCUUUGGUUUGUUUACCUGCAUUGUUAACGGAGAAGAGAGAGAUCAGAGUCAUCGGGCCGUGUACAGGUUUUUCCCUCGUCAUGAGGACGAGCUGGAGCUGGAAGUGGACGAUCCUUUACUAGUGGAGGACCAGGGGGAGGAUUUCUGGUACGAGGGCUACAACAUGCGCACCGGAGCCCGGGGGAUAUUUCCUGCGUACUAUGCCACUGAAGUGACCAAGGAGCCUGAGCAGAUUAAAAAAGUGAGAAGUGCAGACUGGCUGGAGAGGUACAGCCUGAAAUUCCUCGGCUCUGUCCAAGUGCCCUACCACAAAGGGAACGAGGUGCUCUGUGCAGCCAUGCAGAAGGUCGCCAACAACAGGAGGAUGACUCUGCAUUAUAACCCCCCUUCAUCCUGCAUAUUGGAAAUCAACAUGAAAGGAGUGAAACUCGCAGUGCAGGACGACUAUGGAGUAUACGGCAGAAACAGUCCAUGCAGCCACUUCUUCCAGCUGAAGAACAUCUCAUUCUGUGGCUAUCAUCCGAAAAACAACAAAUACUUUGGCUUCAUCACGAAACACCCGGCAGAUCAGAGAUUCGCCUGCCACGUGUUUGUGUCUGAAAACUCCACCAAGGCGCUUGCAGAGGCUGUGGGGAAAGCGUUCCAGCUGUAUUAUAAAGAGUUCGUGGAGUUUUCCUGCCCUACAGAAGACAUCUAUCUGGAAUAAUCACGACUCUGCUUGUACAGACGUGCGGAAGGACGGGUGUUCUCGUAACGUAACCGAAAGCUAACACUAACGAGAGGAGGCGUCGCGGAGAGCAUUCCGCGCUUCAGUGGGUUUUAUAACAAGAGAAAAGAAGACGUGAAAAGAGCUGAAUUUUGGUUUGGACUUCAUAUCACUCAACUCACAUGAGACUGAAUCUUAACCAUAGCUUCUGAGGUUUAGAACACUAUCAUCACAAAAAAACUGCUAUUAAUGAUGCCAUAGAAACACCAAGAAGGUCAUUUGUUUAAAAAAAAAAAACCGAAAACGUCAGUAAUUCUGCGCAGAAUAUUAAACAUACCGUAAAGUUUUAGUUGCGGUUGCUUACACAGGAAAGCAGCCUGUAGUACACCAUUGCAGACUUUUCUGGCCUCAAGCUUCAGAAUAUGGACGGAUAAAGUUUGUGGCCGUCCAGACAGCGGGUAAAGAUGGACGCGUUUUCUACUCUACUCUAUAAUCAUUAGGGUACGGUGGUGAAUGAUUAGUCAUUUGUAAUGUCAGAUGUCUGUUUCACAAACAUUCAGGGCUUCUGAGACUAGCUUGGCGUUAACAUGAUUUUAUUAUUAUUAUUAUUAUUUAACAUUUUUUUACUUUGACCCAUCAUCACAUGAUCAGAAAAUGCCCCGAUUGGACUGACUGCGAAAGUGAACGAGGAAGUUUCAACAAAAGGAGCUUGGCUACGGAUGUUUUCCAGGAAACGUCACCGCGGCACUGAGCUACAGCAACACUAAUGGGACAAAUACUACACUGGAUGUUUAACAGAAGGACUGGUUUAAUGGGGAAAAAAACUGUAGUAUUAUAUUCAUUAUAUAUCAGCGACGAUGAAGUAUGUAACUGGAUGAACACCGAAACCUCCACACGUCCCCCUCUGCAGUAUUGUAGCGCUCCAGGUACUUACACCAAGCUUCCGUUUACUUAACUGAAGAUUCACACGAGGAUCUCCUGAGCUGAUUAAUAACUGUUCUGAGUAACAGACUUAAGAGCUAGUGAUGCUGUAAGACUUUUACUCAUGAAUUUAAUUUGCCCCUUUAUUCUUAAGGAAAGGACGUAGCACUUGUAGCAGAGUGUAAACCAGCUCAGACUGCUCUGAGUCGCGCAGACGCACGUCCUUGUUGUUUCUGAUGCUGUUAUGUGUAAAAGGGGGCCACAGAACUAAGAAACAGCGGUAGGGUCCAUCCUGAGGAUGAAGUGAAGCGUGGCUUUUGUGUUUUGUUGGAAGAACAUUAGGAGCGAUUCGGACAAUAAGAUACUUCCUGUUUAAUGCGUAGAGUGUAUUACAUGUAAAGCUAAACUGCUGGCUGAACACUUCCUUUAAUCAAUCUAAAUGAGAGCAGGAGCUUGCGGAGAUGAACGAGUGACGUUUAAAUGUAAAGUCUGACCUGGGAAGCACAUUUCACAAUAACGAGUUAUGAGUUUAUUUCCUCUAGUGCCUUUUCAUACUUGAUUUCCUAAAUCAUAAUGGCGAUAAGCGGCGAACGCGUGGCGUUUGCGUUAACGAUCGCUCGUGUUGCGUGCCGUGUCGGACGAGAGCGUUUCAGGACAGGUGUAAGUCCCGUCGCUGAUUUAUUUACAAGGGCUAAGAGAAUAUAUAUCAGAUUGACAUGACGAUGCUAACGGUGUCGUUUCGAUUAUCCGCUACGCAGUGCAUCGUUCUGUGUACGUUCUGUCAUCCCAAAAGUCUUCUGAAAGAUCCGCGUUUAAAAUUGGGUUCGAGUCUUUUCCGGUUUUCAGAAAGCGCUUGCGUUCAUUUUAACCCUGCUUCGUGAAACUCCUCCAAACCUGUAGGAGCUAGGAUCUCCCGAAUUCACUGUAAUAAGACAUUUUUGUAAAAUGUGAAUAUACUUCCUGAAAUGUAAAUUCUAUUCUGGAAUUAAACAAUGGUAAAGUAAA